AUGUUAAAAAGUUUUCUUUGGAUAAUAACGACGAUCUUCGUGUCACUGUUCUUCGAUAACGCAAUCGCGUACAAUUUAAUCGAAACUACUCAAAAUUUUAAUAACAUCAAACAAUAUAUAAAUGAUGAUACAUUAAUUUUGAUACCACCACCAACGAAUGAUUCCGCGAAUCAGUUCGUUACGCUCCUAUUUCAAAAUGGAACGAGUUCGGUGAUAAAUAUUGACGUCAAAAGUCAAAAUGAAGGAAACGCUUUGAUUGACAUUUAUCCUUUAGCCAAAAACUACAUUUGGAUAAUAUACGCGAGAAAUGUGAACGAAAGUAGUAGCGUUCAAAACAUGUUUGGUAUGCUAAUGAAUUGGAAUCAAGAAAUUCUUGCAUUUGACGUCGACUUAAAUUGUCCGUAUGAUGUUAAUGAUCGACCGACAGUUGCAACAAAUAUCAAUCCCGAAGAUGGCUUUAUCAUUAUAACGAAAAACACUGAUCAUCAUUUAACAUGGAAUGAAUUCUCUUAUUCUUAUCAAGCGCAACCGAUUUAUAUGGUAUAUUUAGCUUUAAUAGGCACCCCACAACAUUCACAAGUGCCUGCAUUGGUUUACGAAACUUCAGAAGAUAAAAUUACUUCAAUUAAUAUUCAAUCAUGUAAAGUUGCAUUUGUCGAUCAUGCAAACGUUUGCUUUCUUAAAUCUAUUGUUAAUAGUAGUUUAGGUGUAUCUCUCUCUGCUACCGUAGAAAUUGCUUUUUUGUCUACGGGUUCAGUGAUUGAUAUUAGUCAGCUUGGUUUGGAUAAUGAUACUAUAAAUCUGCCAGCACUACCAACACCAAACGCUAAUAAUAUUACGGAUUCCGUUAUACCUUUGGAAAAUGAUGGUUUACUUUUAAUUAGACAUACCGAUAAUUCCAUCACCGGUCACAUCUAUGAUCAAUAUGGAAAUAAUAUCGGAAAAGAAUGGGACAUACCAAAGAAUUUAACGGAGAAUAGUAACUUACUUGGAUUUGGCAUGUUUAAAAAUAAUACUGCGUGGAUCGCUUUAGAUGGUUUAACAGAUAGUAUUGUAUCAAGUGAUAUGCCAAAAUUUAUCGAAGACAGUGGAUAUAAUAAUUUACUUGUAGUGUCAACCGAACCAAAGAUAAAUAGUCUCUUAUUCACACCUUAUCCGAAAACAAUAAAUAUAACCUAUUCGAUUCCAAUUACGCAAGGUUCUGGAAAUAUUACAAUUUACCAGGUUAACGAUAAUGGAUCAAAACUUUUAAGACAAACAUUUCCCGGAGCUUCAGAACAUUGUAGGAUUGAUGAAAUAGAAAGGAAGACAAUCUCUUGUAAAGCACUAAAUAGUACCUUUAAUCAUAUGGGUACAAAUUAUACGGUGAUCGUUGAUAAUAACUUUGUUAAGAAUUCUUUCUUGGAUGAACCUUUAAGCGGAAUACAAAGUGGUUUCUGGAAUUUUAAAACUAAUGCAUCGUCAGCUGAAAUUCCGUUCACAGUUGGAUUCACUGUCUUGUUGAGGCUUGAUGAUGAAGGAACACGAAAUUUUUUUGCGGAUAAAAAAUUUUUAGAUCAUUUACAUACAGAAUUAUCUCAAAGUAUACCGGUUAAACAUCAUAGACUGGUAUUCACUCGGCGAGUACAGAAAGACUACUCAACGGAAAAUAAAAGAUUAUUAUUUGAAUUUAAAAUAUUAGAAGAUGGAAAUGCUACUGAUCCAAGGCCUCAAGAUGUUUUCAAUAGUUUGAAAACUUUAAUCAAACAUAAAAAGAUUACUAUUCUCUCAACUUUAAGUCAUGCUAGAUACUUGGAUGAAACGUAUGAAAUUCAUAUUGUUCCGAAUUUAUGGGAAGUUGUGAGGUAUCUAUUCCUUGGAUUUGUGUUUGUCUGUUUAACACUUGGAAGUUUGUAUUUGUGGGCUCGUUAUAGACAUCCAAAGGGAAAAAAUUCGGCGAUAUUUAAAAUUCCAUUGCUCUUAUUUGAUUUAUUAAUGGACAUAUUAUUUGUUAUAUACCAUGGAAGGACAAUUCCUUACAUAUUCAUUCCAAGCAUUAUCAUAUUAGCAGUAUCAUUUGCAUUUAAUUCAUUCAUGAGCGUAAUAAUUAUAACGCGUGAAAUAUCACACAAUCCUAACUUUCAAAAAUGGUUCGAUAAUCAUAUAAAAUUAGCAGCAUUAUUCACUGUACUUGGGUUCGCCGACGUAGAAACGUUAUAUACAUUAAAAAGCAGAAUCGCCGGUUUAGAAUCGUUUUCUGCUCCUUAUUCUAAAGUUGGAUUAUCCUGGAUAUUAAACGGUAGUGCGUUGAAUGUAUUGAUGGUUGAUUUACCUCAAGUAAUAUUUCAGAUUAUCUAUCUACAAACUGUGUUAAAUUAUACUUUGAUACCUUUCUUCACUUUAAUUACAAGUAGUUUGAUUUUUGUUAUCGAUUUGGUUUCUCAUGUUCACGAUGCUAUGUCGAACCAAUGUUGCAAGAAUUCUAAGGUUGGUUAUAUGUUUAAUGAUCAAGUAUCGCACCAAUCUAGUCGUGAAUCUAGUCGUGAACCUAGUCGUGAACCUAGUCGUGAACUUAGUCGUGAAUCUAAUCGUAACCACGAAAAUAACCACGAAUCUGACCACGAAUCUGAUCAUGAAACUAAUUAUGAGAAUCAUGGUAAUAAUAAUGGUCGCGAGGAAGCUUAA